GUUUUACUCGUACAGCGGCUGUGGGUAUAUAGUGCGCGCGAGCACACUCGCAUGCGGGUGCACAUUCGCAUGUGCCGCUGGACAACGCUUGCGCAGUCGUCGAGCAUCGCCAGACAGCUCGCCGCGACGGGUGCAUCUCGCGGCAGUUCGCGGUCGUCCUCUAAGGCAGACCCAUUAGUCGCUCAGCAUCCCCCGGCCGCGGCAAAUACACACGCUUUCGUACUCUACUUCCUCACUUCGUUACGAGUCAUUUCUCCCUCCUCACCCUCGCCCAAAUCGCACGACGGAUCACUCGGCCCGGAUCGUUUACCCCCUCGUUAAAUCCUCGCUCUCUUCGAUUUUCACAACCCUCGAUCGAGGAUUACCUCCGGUGAUCUCGGAGUCGGAUGAACUUUGGCGCCCGUGCGAAUCGCGCUCGGCUGGACCGCGCGUGUUCCUCAGCGUCCGAUCUUACGCGCGUAAAUACCCCGCGAUUCCCGAGAGAUCGAUGCCGGUUUCAAAGAGCUCGUCGCAACUGCCAUAUCUUUGAUCCGAUCGCGCCAGAAGUUCGCUUCCUUCCCCCGUAUCCCUGGUAUCGUUUCCGACAAUCGAGUUACCAUCGUUUUCCAGGAUCCGUUCGCGCGAAUCCCCUCGCGUUCGCGAGCCAGAUCGGUCGCCGAUCGGCGCGCGACCGAAGUGUGCCGGAAAGCCCGUAUUACGGAAGAAGCUAGGCGAGUGAAACGAGACGAGACGUGGUGGUCCGCCGCGAUCCACCCCGGACGGGAAGGUCGCGUAGGCGUCCGCCGAGGUUGGUCGGGGUUGUCGACACGACGACGGCGAGCGCGCUGAGGAAAAGGAGGAGGAGGAGGAGGAGGAGGAGGAACGGCGGCGGUGGCAGCGGCGGUGGCGGUACGCUGCGUUAACGUUUCGGCUAAUGGUCGAAACGUCGAUCCGUCACUUGACGCUCAAGUUCCCGAUGCUGCAGCCACCGUCUCCCCUCCUGGAGAUGGCGUCCCUGCGAUUACCAGACUCGGAAGAGUUCGACGUUGAUUCGCGCCGCAGGAGUAACAACGGCAACGUGCCGGUCACGACAGUCGCCGGGACCGCGCCGCCGGGUACCGGCACCCUGCUGCAGAUGAGGAACGAUCUCGGCGAUUAUCUCAACAGCCUGAUCACGGAGGCGAUCGCGACGUCGGGGCCGCGUGUCACCAUGGAGGAUCAUCAGGUUCACGGGCUGUUCAACGCCAGCGGCAAGAACCUGUCGGCGAUCGAGUACGCGCCCGAUCGGCUUUACAGGCACAGCAUGACCAUGUCGGCGGUCUACUGCGUGGCUUACAUCGUCGUCUUUGUGGUCGGCCUGAUCGGCAAUAGUUGCGUUAUCGCCGUGGUUUAUCGGUCGCCCCGCAUGCGGACCGUCACGAAUUUCUUCAUCGUCAAUCUCGCGGUGGCGGACGUGCUCGUCAUCGUCUUCUGCCUGCCGGCCACCUUAGUGAGCAACAUCUUUGUCCCGUGGAUCCUGGGAUGGUUCAUGUGCAAAGCGGUCGCUUAUAUACAGGGCGUCUCCGUGGUGGCCUCCAUCUACAGUCUGGUCGCGGUCUCCCUGGACAGGUUUUUGGCGAUUUGGUGGCCGCUAAAAUGCCAAAUCACGAAACGGCGAGCUCGCAUGAUGAUCGUCGUAAUCUGGUUCAUCGCUCUGAUAAUGACGUCGCCCUGGUUGCUAUUUUUCGACUUGGUCUCCAUCUACGACGACGAUCCCGAUUUACGUCUCUGCAUAGAAACGUGGCCGCAUCCCAAAGACGACACGCUGUUCUUCGUGAUUGGCAAUCUGACUCUUUGCUACGUGCUGCCGAUGAUACUCAUAUCCCUUUGCUACAUUCUCAUCUGGAUCAAGGUGUGGCGCAGGCAUAUACCAACUGAUACCAAGGACGCCCAGAUGGAGAGGAUACAACAGAAGUCGAAGGUGAAGGUGGUCAAGAUGCUGGUCGUGGUCGUGAUACUCUUCGUUCUCUCAUGGUUGCCUCUUUACGUAAUCUUUGCCGUGAUCAAGCUGGGCGACGUGGCGGAAACGGAGGAUGAUAUCCUGCCAAUCGCUACGCCGAUCGCUCAGUGGCUAGGUGCCAGCAACUCCUGCAUAAAUCCGAUCCUCUACGCUUUCUUCAACAAGAAGUAUCGGCGCGGCUUCAUCGCCAUCCUGAAGAGCGGCCGAUGCUGCGGCAAGCUUAGGUACUACGAGACCGUCGCAAUGAUGUCCUCCUCGACGAGCAUGAGAAAGUCCUCCUACUACGUCAACAAUAAUAACAACAACAAUUCGUCGACGAGGCGCGCCUGGCACGGACCGCCGGUCCACCAGGACAGCAAUGUUUCCUACAUAUUCAAUCACACCGGCGUGUAAUUGUAGUCACGUGAGUCGAGGUAGCCUCGCUUUGUCACGCAGAUUUGAUAUACUCGAUCGACAAAUUGAAAGAGAACGUGGUGGCCUUUGUAUCUCGAUCGACCGCUCUAACGGUCGAAGCCGAAAUCUGGCCGAAGUCAGCCAGUCCGAGAAUUACGGAUCAUCUUGCGGAUGAUCGACAUGAUUGUUACUCGGACCGGAAGUCGUUAACGGAAAGACGAGAGCGGAAGAAGAAGAAAUCUUUCUCAACAGACCAUGAAAUCAUUAUGAACAUCGCCCUGCCAUUGUCCCCUUAUGAAAGACAUUGUUAUUUGGAUUUUGUCACAAUGUUGGCCAUUGCGUACACGUAAUAUAUUCUAGUUGUUAAGAUGUGUUCGCCGCUGCGAGCGCGCAGUUGCGUAAUUGUUUGCCUAACGACACAAAGUAGCUUUUUAGGUCCGGGAGACGGGACUUACGCUUCGAAAAACCUUAGAACUUCUUCUACGUUCGGGUUAUUUGUACGGAUGCGUUUGAACGGAGAGCAUAGUUAAGUCUACCAAUUAAUUGUAAAGCAGGAUGUGGAGUCUGUUACGACUGUUGCGACGGUGCAUGCACCCUUGUGUGUCGAGUAUGUAAUUAGCGCGACAGCGGUGAGUGGCGAUGAUGUCGGGAUGGUGACUCGCGUGAGCACGGAUACGAGUUGAGUUGUUGUCUCUUGACACUAGGCACUUGCAUCACGACAAACAAUUAAGCCCAUUCUCGUCGGCGGGAUACCUGCAUAAUUAAGGGUGUCAGAAGUGGAGGCGUGUGCACCAAUUAACACGGCGCUUUAUCAAAUACGGUGGCGCAACGUAGCGCGAAGAUUCGAUUUCGGUUCGUAUUGAUUCACGCGAGCGGUCUUCGAGCGGAAUAAGACGUUGGUAAAAUAAAUCGCGUAAGGUUUUGGCGUUAUCUACACACGUAUCCCAGUAUCGCAUGUCGCGGGUUCAUUUGUACACAUUGAGACCACCAGUUGCACCAAAUCCAUCGAGAUUAGAUAACACGAAGCCGUAGUGAGACGAAUAAGCACGCAGUAAUUUGCAGAUUGUCAUUGAUAUUCUAGUUACAAAGGUUUGUUUAUAUUUUCCAGAAGGAAGUAUUCAUCAUGCUAAUAGAUCAUGCUUGAUUUCCUUGUAAGAUUAUGACUCACGCCAUUCUCUGGUAUGCAUCUCUAACGUUCAUUUCAAUUCUCUUCCUAUGAUAUAUUCAUCUUAUAUAGAGCAGAAUAAAAAGAAAAAUUAAUUUGGAUAGUACCAAAAGUUAAUCGAACUUUUGUAAACACUAUCAGCACAUGUAACUUAUCAUGUAAAAUUAUAAUUAGAAAAUUAUAUAUAAAAUACGUAUAUUUUCUUAUCGAGACAUUAACUGGAGAUAUCUGUUUGUGGCCCGUCCGACGUCUUUGCUCUCUACAUUUGCGACUUGUGCCAAGAAUAAAAAAAAUUUAUGGCAAUGCAAAUAUAUGAAAUGGCGUCCGAGAGACGUGGUCUCCCUUUUCUGACGUUCUUUGGACGAUUUUUUCAAAAAAUUUCUUGUAUUCUUGUAUCAUCGGGAAGUCACGUAAAUCGAGUGGCGAUUUCAUCCAAAGUAGAAUGCAUCACUGUUUAAUACAGGCGUUUGUUCGUUCUUGCUGGAUUAAUUGACAGGAUUUUUUCGAGCUUGAUUGUUCGCAGCACAGUGUUUGCACGUCGAAAUUUGUCCGGAUUGUUCGAGGACAAUUCGCGUAGCCUUCCGAACCCACGACGUUUAUCACGUGUUUGUCGCAGCUUGUUAUUUCGUCGCGAUCAUCUGUCGACGAUAAAAGGGAAAAGGCGUAUACUCUUUGUCCAUUUGCACCGCGGUCGAUCAGAUCGCGGAUUUCCGCGCGCGUCGUGACGCGUUAGAGCGAUCGAGUUUGAUCGCAAAUUACUCGUUACAUUUUUAAGAGCCGAGACGAUCGGCUCUUGCGUUUUUCCCUCCCUCCAAGGGGCAGCGGGAUUACCUUGAAUCCUUGUAGCUGUAAGAUGGUAGCCACCGGAUUUUAUGAUAGAGCAAUUAUUUUCGUAAGGUUUUUAUACGGGAGAGACGAGGCGAACUGUAGAUUUUAACUGCAGACAUGCGAAUUAUUACGUGGCCAUCUACUGCAAUUCAUAUCUACCAGUGGUGAUUAAGUGCAACAAUGAUAAUAAAAUAGGACGGAAAAAAUAGAAGAGAAAUGCAAUCAACAGUGGCAACAAUUUAACCGGAGAGAGAGAGAGAGAGAGAGAGAGAGAGACGUAGGAACGAUCAGGAUUCGACAUUGAUACGAUUUCUUGCCAGGUUCAAAUCUCGAUGCUACAGACACUCAUGCAUACACACGCGUGGACAUGAUCUCUGACUAUACAUGCAAGCUGAUGCGAGACACGUUUUUUUGGUAACCUGUAGCAUCGGUGGCAACUCGCACCGGAAUUACAAUAUGUCGGUUGUGAUACCCGGCGAUAACUUUGGGCCACAGCUAUACAACGUAUAUGAAAUGGCGAAUACGUGUAACGAGUAAUCAAGUGUACGAGCAAUGAAUAUAAUUCACUGUACUAUGCAUGUAAGGAUCAAACGUAAGUCUAUCCGCUCUGUCUGCAUGUACGUACUAUAUGUAUAUUUACUGUUGCUACGUUGUUAUUAAAUACACAUACACUAACACUCACACUGACGUUCACACAUACGUUCCACGUUCAUCGUUCCGUCGAGGAUCUCUUUUGUACCGUAGAUUGUUAAUUAAUAUUCGAUCGUCGGUCUUUGUCGCACGUGCGGAGUAUCUUCAACACGCACACACUUUAACGAACGUUCAUAACUUUCGGAAGCUAUUGUUUGCAAGACCACAGAGUAAUUAACAAAACAUAAAUCCGUUAAAAUUCGAAGAAUUAUUCUCCCAUUCGCGUUUGAUUUUUUUUUCUUGGCAUCUGCAUCGCGUAAUAACUGUUUACGAGAAAUUAUUAAUUAAGAGGAACGUUCUAAUUAGCGGGAUGAGAACUAUGUUUGUUGCAUUUGUAAAAUAGAUACAUGCAAAAAGAUGUUGUAAUAAAUAAAUGUAAAGAAAAUGUUUACAAUAGAGAGCUAUUAUUGUAAAGUGAAUUUGUGUGUGUGAUAUCCUGGUACGUUUGAAUAUUCGAAUAUUUAGAUGUCACUGCGAUUCGAUUUUGAGAUUCGACUAAUUCCAUUUCAGAUAAAAUAAAUAGUCAAAUAAUUCGAGUGCUUCGAAUAUCAUGAUAUUUUCUAAUGAAUGAAUUAUUGUCGUAUUUAUACUGGCAUCGUCAUGUCGCAACGUAUUACAUUUCCAUAUUUAUUAGACUUGCGAUACUUUCGACUAAUUUAACACAGAUUAUCUGCACUAUUCAAAUAAACGCAGAUUAUAUCUCGAUAUUCGGAUACUUGAAAUAUUCAGCUGUUUCUUUUAUCGGAAAUCUCCCGCUCAACUUUUAUCGAGUUAGCCAAAUAACAGAAUUACUUGAACUUCUACAUUCCCUAUUCACGCUUAAAUUCUGUCAGCAGGUCUUACAAGACGCAAUAAAAAAAGUUUCCGGAAUAGCGCUAUGAAAAAAUAAUUGACUAAUCCUAUUCACGGUUAUCCCCUUCAAUGUAAUUCCCUCCAGAGUAAUUCCCUUUGACAUUAACUCUUAACUGGUGAUAUGAAAAAAGUGAAGAAAGUUCAAUACAAUUAAUGAUGAGCGUCUCUCAGUUUCUUUAUCAUCCUUAUAUCUUUUUUCGUGAGAUUUUCAGAGUACAUAAUGUUAAUUACAUUUUUACCGAUUAUAUAAAAGAUUUCAGAAUAUAAAAAAUAGAAGAGAAAUUUACGUUCGAUUAAUUAUCAAUUUAUAUACACAAACAAGAGAAUCAGAAGAUAAAAUUCAUGUUUUAGAGAUCAAAUAUUUUUUCAAGGUUUAAGCAAGUGAUUAUUGGCCUAAAAACCGAUUCGUACAAUACCUCGUACAGUUGACAUGAAAAUGGUCGGACAGCUUUUUAGUGCUUCUUGAAAUAUCUCCGAUAUCCAAUGAAAGAAUCUGCCUCAUUCAUUUUGACGCUGAUAUAUUUUAUGAUGUGAUGUACAGUAAUAAUAUGUGUUCGAGGAAGUUAUAUCACGCCUUAAUCGCGACAAGAACAAGUGUCCCGCUGUUAAUAAUGCUUUCUCUUGAAUGGAUUUAAUAUUAAUUUAAAAAUUAUAACCAAUAACAUGUUUUAUGUAAGACAAAAAUAUACUGUUGGCGUCUGAUAGAGAUUUUAUCAAAUGUAACUAGGUUACAAGAUACUGCGAAUUUAUAUCGUUACAACGCUUGUGCGAGUGUAUUGCACAUUUCUACUUAUUGUUAGCGUAUGAUCCCCAGCACAGAGUAUCAUUUUAUGAAAUUGUUACGAUAAUUACAAAACGUAAAUCAUUUGAAAUCAAUAUGUCGAUCGUUAUAUCGAUAAAUGUUUUAAAAAUAAUAAAGUUUCAUUAACAUUAGCCAUCCAAAACAUCAGAAGAUAUUUUAUAUAUUUGAUGAUAAAAGCAUGGUUCAAUGGACUAACAAUAAAUUUCAAGAAAAACGUUACCUCAAUGAUAGAAGAAAAGAUAUAAAUAUAUUUAUUCAAAAUUUUGUCACACGGAGAAAAAAUUGUUAACUUGAUUAGAAAGACUUGAUUAAAAUUUUCAACCUGGUUAAGUUUCUUCAAUUCCAAUAUUUAUGUACUUAAAUUAAAUACAUAAAUGCUUAAAUUAAAGUUUAAGUAUUUUAUGUAUUUGAGUUAAAUACAUGAAUAUUUAAACUAAAGAAAUUUAAUCAAGUUGAAAAGUUUAGUCAAUUUAAUAACUUUUUUCUCGGUAUAAGGCGUUUCAUUAAAAAAAAUGCUUUUAUCAUAAAGUCUCUUAUACAAUAUGUUUGCCGAUGAAUCGUUUAUAGGAUACUUUAAGAUAAGUUGAAGAUACCGUCUAAAAUUAAUUCCCAGAGGCGCAGCGGCGGGAAAAUUGCGUAGAGUAUUUGACGCCGAUGCUUAAAGGUUAAUCUAUCGCGUCGUGAGUCUAUUUUUUCUGAUAGCGCGUGAGAUUAUGCUAGCGAAGGCGAUAACAUAAACUAGCGUUUUCUCUCGGUAGAUAUAAGCAUUCUGUUAUACAAUUUUUUAUAAUCGUCCGCGAGGCGCUCCCUGUUACAUGCUUAGGUAACAGUAAUCUCGUGUCUUAAGCGGGACACGAGAUACGAUAAUUAAGCGUUUAAUUGAUAGGACGUAUUUACGGUCAUUGGUAUAUUAUUAGUGUCGGUUGCGCGCGUGAAGCGGCCGGGCAUGUUUAAUGGUGUCGGCAGAGCCUUGGUACAAGCGAGAUUUCCACAUCGAGAUAUCGGAACUGCACAUCUGUUUGUAACUGCAAAGUGACGUUUUUGUACAUUUAAAACACCUUAUUUGUAUAAAAAAAAAAACUAUAAAGAUUUAUGCGAAAAAAACAUUAUUUACUCGGCCACCAUAUUCAUAAAUUAUUAGGUUUAUGCAAAAGGAAAGAAACGAAAAGAGAGGUAUUACAUAAAAAAUAGAUUUAGAUAUUAACAAUAGAUCAAUUUUCAUUAAUUGAUUUUUUCCAGUAUAAUUAAAAAAAAUAAAUUUAUUUUAAAUAAAAAUUAAUGGACGAACUUUUUGCAUUAACCUAAUAAUUAAUUAUAUUAUUAUGUCAUGUACACAAAUGCAGACACACGCACACACACAUACACACACAUACAUAGAAAAAUAGAAUAUCGCUUUUGAAAACCUGCACGCGUAUCAGUGUCACGGUCAAAUUGACACUUUCGUUGCACGCGAAUAAAAAUCAAAUACUGGCGAUUCGAUUUGAGCUCGCGCUUUAUGAGACGGCCAUAAUAUUAAAUCUUCUAAGCUACAUAACAUCGAACGAUAUGCCAUCCUCUUUUCUUUUGCGUUAUUUUAUUUUAUGACGGUUACGCGUUAUAUGGAUAAGCGCAGCUUUAUCUGUAUAACAAUGAAAUAAUAGAAACAUACUAGAAGGUAAGAAGACGAUUUGCAAGUGAAGUCGAUAAGUGUUUAGCGUCCUAUCAGAGUAUGUAUGUUAUGUACCAACCAAAAGAGAGAGAUGUUACCGAUGUCGACGACACUUACUCAUGACUUAUUGAUAAAAAAAAAAUAUAUAUAAAAAUACAGUUAAGACGAAUACGUAAAUACCACGAAAGAUAGUUCUCGUUUGUUGUAUGUUUUGAAUAUAUGUAUGUAUAUGUAUAUACAUAUAUAGAUGGUAUGUAAAGCAGCCGGCGAUUAGGCGUUAUCACGCCUAUCAACCGAGGCGCAGGUUCCUCUGUCCACAUCGUACGAUUUAGCAAUAAAUUUUAAUUUUCCCAACAUUGCCCGUCACAUUUUAUAGGGGAUGCCGUGGUAACGCCGAAUCGCAUUCCACGUAGCUAAAAUGUAUCAAGUUGCGAGUAUAAGUAUACUUAUUUUCUCAGAAAAGAACACAUUAAAAUAUUAAAUAUUACAUUAUAUAUAUAAUAAAAUAUCUCCAUUGUGUAUA